ACCUCCAACACCAUCGCCUGGGCUCUGUACCAGCUGGCCAAGCAGCCCGAGAUCCAAGAGCAGUUGUACCAGGAAGUGAUCGGCGUCUGUCCCGGGGACAAGGUGCCAAGCAGCGAGGACAUCGCUCAGAUGCCGUUGCUGAAGGCCAUCAUCAGAGAGACGCUCCGGAUGUAUCCCGUUGUCCCAGGAAACGCUCGCGUGUCCGUGGAGAGCGAGAUCGUGGUCGGAGAUCAUCUCUUCCCCAAAAACACGCUGUUCCACCUGUGCCACUACGCCGUGUCCUACGACGAGAGCAUCUUCCCCGACGCCCACUCCUUCCUGCCGGACCGCUGGCUGCGGGGGGGCGAGGACAAGCCCCGGCUGCACCCCUUCGGCUCGGUGCCGUUCGGCUUCGGCAUCCGGGCGUGUCUGGGGAGGCGCGUGGCCGAGCUGGAGAUGUACCUCCUGCUCUCCAGGCUGAUGCAACGCUUCGAGGUGAGGCCGGACCCGGCCGGCGCCCCGGUGAAGCCCAUCACGCGGACGCUGCUCUGCCCGGCCACGCCCAUCAACCUGCAGUUUGUGGACCGGCGGCCGUCGCUCUGCUAGAGGAUGAGCGCAUGAAUGUACAUAAGAACACUUUCACCCUCGACGUGUCACACAGGAGCUGUUUUCGUCUCCGGUUGCCAGGGGCGACGUCUCUCAGCCUUUUUAGUGUCCAAAGAAGCGCAGGAACCCUGCGCCCCCCCCGACCCCCGACCCCCCCGGAGUGACUAAAGGUCCUUUUAAGCAAAAACCGCUGUUCCACGCGUAGAACGCCACACGGAUCAAAGAACACAACACGCGUGUUCUUCUUCUUAUUGUGAAUGAAUCCCAUUAAAAGACCAACGUGUGAAUUCGACUCAGUACUUCUACACAACGUGAUGAAUUCAAUAACAAUAAAGUAGAUUAUAGUAAAUAAUCCUCUUUCUGUAUAAUCCUUCAUCCUGGAAGAGGCUGAUUUAAAGCUGAACAGGUUUGGAUGAGGUUCCUCGGUAGAACGAUGCCGCCCUCUAGUGGCCGUAUUAACGAGGUCAACGUGUCCGCUGCUGUGUGAUCGAUCACACAUCUGAUCGCUUUAUUGAUUCGUUAUUAAUUCACUCCAAUGUUUCUUCAUAUCUCUGAUUAUGUAAAGACGAUGCUUGUUUUAUUGUUGAUUAUUUAUUAUGAAGUAUUGAAGUGGUUCAGCUGCUCAGGUA